AAAUUCAAUUAUUAGGAUAUGCAGCAAAUCGGGGAGAUAUCUACCCUUCCAACAAAAGCUGCAAUCUAUGAGGAAUCCAACAAGAAUUACAUAACUCUGCUUGACCUUGAUGAGCAGAACAAUCUGAGAAGCAGUAAAGAGACAGUGUUGAAGGCAGAUAGCAUAAUAAAUAGGCCACCUUUGGCUGUUCCUUCCACUCCUCCUGCUACCAGUUUGCUCACAAAUAGAAUCCGACUGUAUGACCUACUACCUUUUAAAGUUUAUAAUCCUGCACUUGUACCAUAUGAUAAAAGACUUGAGCCUUUUCUAACGCUGGAUACUGGAAAUAACAAAUCAAAGCAAACUGAACCUAUCAAAUCAGAAACCCAGCCAGUGAUCACAGACAAAGAUGGAAGAACACUGAAGCAACAUAGACGGUGCCCAGCUUGUCACGGUCUAGACUGUUUCUGUAUUAUUCAAGGAUUGAUCAACCCUUCUGGUCCUGGAUCAUCCAUGCCAACAAUGAUCAAAAAUGCUGGUAGAGAUCUUCAAAUGCCAGAUAAUCCAGAAUUUUUACAAUUCCCUUCUUUUGUCUCGCAGAAAGGAGAUCUCUUUAAUGAUAAAGUAUCAAAUCCCGGUUCUAGCAACAGGAAAAGAAAAGCCCCUCAAAAGUCAAAAACUGAAAAGGGAACCAAGGCAUCUGGGUUGAAGACCAAAUCGUCAGAAAGAACUUGUACAAAAUGUGGAUUGGUGUUUGCAUCUCACAGGGAAGUAUUGCUUCAUAGUAGAGUGCAUGUCACUGAAAAUAAAAAGGAAUUUGGCUGCCAUUUGUGCGGGAAAUAUUUUUCUCAAAGGACAACAUUGAGGCAGCAUUUGAUAUUGCAUUCUGGUGAGAAAAACUUUGCCUGCACUGAAUGUGGAAAACGAUUUGCUCUGAAAAUCUACUUAAAAACCCACCAAAAAUCAUGUGGCAGUAGAUAAGAGACAUUUUAGACUUGACUUGCUUAAUGAGUUGAAAUGAUGGAUGUGAUCAUUGACCAUUUAGAAGGGUCACUUUCAUCUUCACAAUGAUUAUAUCUUUUGCUAAAUAGAACCCACUUAAAGCCAGACAAUUCUGGAGACAAUAUUAUGAUAAUUAAACUCUAACCUAUUGCUAGUAACCGCUAUUGUACAGUAAAACCCUGAUUUACCACCCCCGAUUUACCGCAAACCUCGAUUUACUGUGGCUAUUUCCUUUCCCCAAAUAGGGCUUAGCAUACAUAAUGUCCCAAUCAAAACCCCGAUUUACUGCCAACCCUGAUUUACCGCAGUUUUUCCUUUCUCCCAAACUUUGGGGUAAAUCAAGGUUUUACUGUACCGUCUUGUUCCAUUUAGCUGAACACUCUUAACCACAACUUUGAUUUACUUAAAGUCAAUGUUCCACAACAAGCUUGUGAUAAAAUUAAUAUGAUAAAACUCUAUUUGUGUUGUUUUUCUGAUACAGAUAGGUUUUAAGAACUGUACUAGCAUUGAAUAUUAUAUAGCAUGAUUCUUAUUAACUUUAAUAAUAAUAACUUAAUAACUUAAAUAAACUGUCGAUUUAACUUUAUCUAAUCUGAUUAUUUGAUGCUUUAUUGUUAUGAUAUGACAAUCAUAUAUAUUGGAUAAUUUGUAUUAUUGACCAACGAAUAUUUAUCUGAAUUGUAAUUAUGAUCAUGAAAUAUAACAUAAUAUUACCAUGUAACAUAAUCAAUUUUCUGUUU